UGGCUGCCUAGUGCUCGGUAGUAACGCGGUUAUGGAUUAUAACAUGUCAACAUGUCACUUCUUCGUGUAUCUGCCUUUGCUAAAUGUCUAAAUCGUCGCAGUUUGUUUGAAAAGUGUGCUAUCCGCGUGUCUUUAGCGGACUGCUGUCAGUGUGUGUCUUUAAGGAGCGGGGCUGUCAGGAGAAUCUCAGAGACUCCCCUCCAGCUUCAGCGAAGGAAUGUCUCGUUAAAAACAGAGGUUGGAAAGAAACGUGUGCUAGAGCAGUAUCAGCUGUUAGAUGUGCUCGAGGCCAGAAUCCAUCAACUCCAAGCUGACAUCGUUCUAGAUGUCCACCAUGCAAAGGUGCAGAUUGUUAAAGCCCCUUCUUCUGGAAGAGGGGGUUUCCCUGGUAAGGGUCCUAAAAUUGGCUCCCCAGAGAAAACUGGCAUUACACAGUCAGAACAGACUGUUUCUAAAGGAGCCUCUAAGUCUCAGCCAAGCCGAUGGAUGGAAAAAUUAUCCAAGGAGAAGAAAACCAAACUCAAGAAGCUGCAGAACAUCCAGAGGAAUGCUGACAAUAAAGCAGCCAACAAAUCUAAAGGAAAUACGAGCAGCUCAAUGCUCCCUGGGACCUCACAUAAGAUUAUUUCAACCUCAGCUAAAAAGACUUCACCAUUGACUAAAAAAAGCAAGGGCCACAAAAAAUUGGCUGAUGAGAUUCCUGAUGUAGUUUCUACGUCCACCGCUGCUCCUUCUGCAGCAGCGCUGCAUAAAAUGUCUAGAGAGAGACCGAAGCAGCAACAAAACCAGAUUCACUCUGAAGAGACACAAACUGUUACUGAUGCAGAGAGCAGGGCCAAAGAGCUGGCUGAGGUGGAAGAGCUGGAGAGGAGGCUAAAUCAUCAAGCAGGGCACUUAGUUUAUUCAAGGAAGUCACAGCGCCAACAGGACACUGAAGGAGUUGUGUGUAGGAACAUGCAGAUGAGCAUCCAUUCUUACCUGGAGGCAUGCGUGUUUGCAGGGGAAAUUGAGAGAGCUCAUAGUUUCCUGCUCAACCAGCACAGAAUCGUGACUCGGCGAAAGUUUCUCAACGCAGACAUCUACAACAUCGUAAUGAGGGUGUGGGCCAAGAAGGGCACAUUAAACCAGAUCGGGCGCGUGUUUAUCCUGUUAGAGGAGGCUAGUCUGAAGCCAAAUCUGGGAUCCUACUGUUCUGCCCUGGAAUGUAUGGGCCGCAUUCCCAACUGCUCCCCGAAGAUUGUCAAAAGGUGCCUGGAACAGAUGAAGGAGGAUGGCCUAUCAGUUGACGACAUGUUCAACCAGUGUGUGUUUCGUCAAGAUGAGAGAGAUGUGGCACUAAAGGCAAUUCGCAUUGUCCAGCCAGACUAUGAGCCCAAACUCAACAGCAACACAAGGGAGUGCUACCCACCCCUGGUUCAGGACUACUACACACAGAGAGCAGACCACCAGUACCCCAAACUGGACUUCACUCGUGAGGAGCUCCAGGAGCGCUUCAGCCGUCAGCUCAGUAUGGAGCAGGCCUGUACGAUCACCAUCGACUCUGUGGAGGGGUCCAAGGUUGUCACUGAAAACAUGGCCAAAAUGAGGAAGCUGCUGGCAGAUCAGCGGGCACAGUGGCAGAAGAUCCUCCUCCAGGCCUUAAGGGAGAGCAAGAUGAUCCAGCCUAACCCCUGCAACAGGAGCUACAAGCUUAACCUUUAUCCCUACCUCUUUCUGCUGGAGGACAGGGAGUAUGUUGACAUCAUGAUACAGAGUGUUGCCAACAUGCCUCCCAGUGGAGACGCACUGAAGACUUUUGCCAGUGACCUGGGCAACAGGGUCUUCACCAAGUACUCUGUGCGGCAGAAGAACAAAAACCAAAUGGUGGAGAAGCUGGGCAACAUUUACAAUUGCUAUGUAGACCUGCUGGCCAGAGAUCAUGAGGCCUGUGAUGCUCUUCCCAGGGAGCUGUGGUGUAACCUGGAAACGAAACAUAGUCCAGGACCUACACUGCAAGGUGGAGAGAUUCAUUGGCCAUACACAGUAACUCUGGAGCUGGGCACCUUCAUGGUGGAUUUGAUGAUUAAAAACCUCAAAAUUAAUAGUGACAUCCUGGACUCGACUAACGACAGGAAGUUAAUCCCGAUUCUCUACCACAUGUACACCUUCCGCAGCACACGACAAGUGGGCUUCAUCAAACCCCACCCCAUCCUGACUCAGAUGCAGCAGGAGGCCAUGGAAACCAAGCUAACCUUCGACUCUUAUGUGAUGCCAAUGCUUUGCCCUCCCAUUCCCUGGACCUCCGUCAAAUUUGGAACAUACCUGCUGACACCCACCAAGCUGAUGCGCUCAGUGGAAGGGGCCACACAACAUGAGGUGUUGCUGGAAAAAUGCCAGAACCUCCAUGCAGUCCUUGACUCUCUGAACCAGCUUGGCAACUGUGCCUGGAGGAUCAACAAACCCAUGUUGGAUAUAAUGAUCUCCAUCUUUAAUGAUCGAGGCAGCGAAAAGCUCGACAUCCCUCCUCCUAUGUCAGAGGCCCCGGAAAUUCCUUACUUUAACCCCAAAGAUCCUGUUUACACUGCAGACGAGAAAACUCACAUGAAGAGGGAAGUGAUCAAGGCCAAAAAGAAAUGCAGUGAGAUGCACAGCCUGCGUAUGGAUGCCCUCUAUAAACUCUCAAUCGCCAACCAUAUGAGGGAUGAGGUCUUCUGGUUCCCUCACAACAUGGACUUUAGAGGACGUACAUACCCAUGUCCCCCGUACUUCAAUCACCUAGGAAGUGAUGUCACAAGAGCUAUCCUUGUGUUUGCAGAGGGGAAGAAACUUGGUCCAAAGGGCCUGGACUGGCUAAAGAUUCACUUAGUAAAUCUAACAGGUCUGAAGAAAAAGAGCUCAAUGCAGGGACGUCUGGAGUACGCCAACACCAUCAUGGAUGACAUUUUGGACUCUGCGGACAACCCUUUCACUGGUAAGAAGUGGUGGAUGAAUGCAGAUGAGCCUUGGCAGGCUCUGGCCUGCUGCAUGGAGAUUGCCAACGCUGUGAGAUUCCCUGAUCCAACACAGUUCAUCUCUCAUUUCCCUGUUCAUCAGGACGGCUCCUGUAAUGGUCUCCAGCACUACGCUGCUCUGGGUAGAGAUGUUAUCGGUGCCACAUCAGUCAACCUCAUGCCCUGUGAUGUGCCCCAGGAUGUGUACAGCGGAGUAGCACAGCAGGUGGAAGAGUUCCGAGCACGGGAUGCAGAACAAGGUCUGAAGAUUGCCCAGGUCCUGGAGGGCUUCAUCAGCAGGAAGGUGGUCAAACAGACUGUGAUGACUGUGGUGUACGGGGUCACACGCUACGGGGGGCGCCUCCAGAUAGAGAAAAGACUGAGGGAGAUUGAUGAGUUCCCUAAGGACUAUAUAUGGGAUGCAUCUCAUUACCUGGUCCGUUUGGUGUUCAGUGGCUUGAAAGAGAUGUUCACAGGGACCAGAGAGAUCCAGGAUUGGCUGACGGAAAGUGCCACGCUCAUCUCCAAGUCUGGCCACACUGUGGAGUGGGUGACACCCCUGGGUUUACCCGUCAUUCAGCCCUAUCACCGUACACGCACCCAUGUGUUUAAGAGCGCCAUGCAGGAUAUCAACCUCCAGAUCAGCUACGACACCAAAGAGAGGCCAGACACAAUGAAACAGAAGAACGCCUUCCCACCAAACUUCAUUCACUCUCUGGACUCCACACACAUGAUGCUGACUGCCCUCCACUGCUACAGUGCUGGCCUGACAUUCGUCUCAGUUCAUGACUGUUUCUGGACCCACGCCCUCACAGUGGACACCAUGAACAAGAUCUGUCGGGAACAGUUUGUCGCUCUGCACAGCCAGCCAAUCCUUCAAGAGCUUUCCACCUUCCUGCUGGAGAAAUACUGCAACAAUGUCCAGGCGGAGGCGAAGAACAAGAAGUACCAGGCGUACAGGAAGCUGAUGUUGCUGCUGGCCAAUGUGCCCCAGACAGGUGAUUUUGAUCUUAAACAGGUGAAAGAAUCCACUUUUUUCUUCAGCUGAGAAGCUCGUGAGGGGAAACCAGUGGAGGGAGAUGAGUGGAAUCGACAGAGUGCAGCAUGGAGGCUAAAGCCCCGGGGUUUCAGCUGGCUUUGUCUCCCUCAGACAUCAGUACAUUGAUCCAGCGGCGCCCUGCCUGCCUCCUGGUCUGUAGGCUGGCUGGAGCUGCUGGAGGCGUUAACACACACUGAACCUGCCUGAUUAACAGACUGCUGGGCUGAUUGGUGGAAACGGUGGGAGGCAAAAGAUGAAGGAAUCAGCCCCAGGGGGGAGUGUGGAGUGUCCAAUCAGUGAAAGAAGAGCUUUUAUAACCUCAUUCAGGUGCAUGUGUGUGUACACACCUGAGUAGUACUGACACGGAAUCACAUGUUAACUCUCUCUCUGUUUAUUUUCUUAGCACAUGAACUGCUGUAAAGUUAUACAAAGCAAAAGUGGUCAUCUAAAACUGUGAGUGCAAGCAAAUGAUUGUUUUGUGUGUGUUUGUGUGCAUAUUUUGAUGUGAAGGCGUCCAUGGGUGCAUAACAGAUUGAAAAAUUCUCUGUCAUUGUUCAAACAUUUCACUUUUUCUGAAGGUAAAAGAAGAGACUUUUGAAAACAAGUGAAGGCGUACUGUACUGUAACAGGAGAUGGAGGACUCUUAUGCAAGGAGAAUCCUUGAGCUGUUAACCAAGGGGCUUCAUACAUAUAUUGUUUGCCAGUGUGCUCUCCUUUUUAGCUUCUCAGAGUGACUAAGCACUUAACAGUUACCCUAAAAUAAAUAUGUUUCUU